GGCUGUUGAAUGUAUUUGCAGAAUGCCCUUUCUUGAUUAGAGCUGCUUCGAAACUUUUCUGCAGGAUUGGAAAAGAGACUAAAGUCCUCCAUUCGUCCUACAGCGGGGACAAAUAACGGAUCGAGACUCACCGAAAUGAUGCUGUCUUAGAUAAUCAGUAGAUUAUCGUUCUAUGUCUGCGACUCUGUUAUAAUUCAGUGUGAAGUCCUAGCUAGGUAGGUACCUAAGUAGGUAUCUGUUGAAUGAAUUGGAAAAAAAGGGGUUGUCAGUAGCGUCUAGGGAACUGCCGAGGCUCGAACCGUUGAAGAUAGCAGGGCGAAUGAUAAUUCCACGAUAACUAACCCCUCCAUUUUGCGCAACUUCUCAAAUUCUUCGUGAAGAAAAGCACUAAUUCUAUUCCUGAUAAUAACAUCGCUGCAUUAGAUCUUUGAUAUAAUAUUUGUCGAGUUUUCGUCAGUAUCGUAAGAGACAUUCAUGAUGGCGCCUGACGCCAAGCCGCUGACAGUGCGGUGCCAAUGCGGUACUGUAUCAUUUCCAACCCCGACAGCAACGCCUAUCACGCUGUAUUACUGUCACUGUACUGAGUGUCAGAAGCAAACCUCUUCAGCAUUUGGAACGUCCGCGAUCUACACAGCGGACGGCUUAUUCCCCCUGGCGCCUGAUCUCGCGGCCAAGCUGAAGUGCUACACGCGACAGACUGAGAAAGGCCGUAGCAUGGAUUGCUAUUUUUGCUCAGAGUGUGGUUCGCGCAUGUUUCACCGCAUUGUAGAUGCCGAUGGUAAACCGCGACCGUCCGUCAGUAUUAAGGGCGGGUGUAUUGAAGGAUUGAAUUGGAAUGGGGGCAUGCAUAUCUACGUGCGUUCAGCUGUUAUCAAAAUUCCUGCAGAAUGGGGAGAGCAGUAUGAAACUUUGCCACCCUGGAUGAUGUAGACAAUUGAGCGUAUAUCGAAGAAAAGGAAACUCUUCAUAACAAUAGGAGCUGGUUUUACAAAAGGCUUGUGAAAGCAAUUUUUAAAUAGGGGUUGUG